AUGGGGUCCUCGGCCGCCCGCCCGCCUGGACCGCAGCCGCGGCGCCGCCUGGACGGCCGCCGGGAGCGGCCGCAGGCGGUUCAGGCGCAGCAGGCGGCGCAGUGCCCCGCCUGGGAGGCUCCCUCGGCUGCUCGAGCGGCGGCAACGCCUCUCAGAGAGCCGCCGCCAGCCGCCCGCCCGCCCGCGACCCCGGCCGCCGCGCAGCGGCAGGCGGAGCAGCAUCGGCAACCAGCGCCGCGCGCCCCGGCGGCGCACGCCGUCGCCACGCAGCCCGCUCCGGCUCCGCCCGCGCCGCCGCCGGCACGCCAGGUCCUGGAGCGGCCGCAGCCUCGCGUUGGCGCGCCGCGCGGCAGUGCUGCCGCCCGCGCGGCGGCGGCGGGCGAGAAGGCGGUCGAGCUGUGGACCGACAUCGACAGGCGCCGAGUCGAACAGGCCGAGCCGCCCCCCGCCGGCGAGCGAGGUUGGGCACCCGACGCCGUGAGCAGGGCCGCGGGCCAGCAGCUCGCGGACGGGCACGGGGCGCCUCCGAGCGGGGCGUCGGGGGAGAUCGCGCUGGCCUGGGGCGCCGACGGGGGCUGGGAGGGCCCGGCGCCGGCGCCAGAGGCUGCGUGGGCGGGCGGCGGCGGGGGUCCAGGCCCCCCGCCAGAGGAGCGGCGCCGCGACCACCGCAGGCAGCACAGGAAGCACAGGAAGCACGCGCGCGGGGAGGCGCACGAGGAGGUCGCGCCGCCGUGGUGCGCGGAGGGGGCACCGGCCGAGGGCGCCGCGGCCUUCGGCGGCGACGCCGGCGGCUUCGAGGGCGCGCCCGGCCCCGGCGACGGCGGCGGCGCCCCGGGGGGCGCGGCGGGCCUGGGCGGCGACGCGGCGGCUUCGGGUGCGCCCGAGCGGCUCGCGGCUUCGGGGGCGCUGCCCCCCUGGCGGGCGGCCCUGGAGGCGCAGGAGGCGGAGUGGCCGCUCGCUCCCGGCACGCGCUUCCAGCAGGCGCACUCUGUGGGCACGCUGGAUUGGGCCUUCGUCUCGCACGCCCAGCUGGCGCGCGCGCUGCCAGAAGCCAGGCGGCCACGGUGGCCGUGCGUACCCAAGGACGUCGACGUGAGCUGGGCGAGGCGGUCGCCGCGGGCGGUGGGGACCGAGGUUGCGGCCCCUCGGGGGAGCAGUGGGCGCCCAGACCCCCUUGCCUGGGCGACGGCGGCAGGCUUCAGGACGGGCGCGUGGGGGAAGCAGCGCGCGGGCGCUCCGCCCCCGCUCCCGCAGAUCCGGGGCCGCGAGGAGGCGACGGCCGCCAGGAACAACCAGGUCCUGAAGCAGCUGGUCGAGUACGUCCAGCUGCUGAAGGAGCAGGUGCACGGCGAGGCGGGCGGCGGCGGCCCCCGGCCCGCCGCGGCGGGCGCGGCGGCAGCAGCGGAGCAGCGCGGGGCCGGCGCGUCCGUGGCCUCGUGGGCGCCCAGCGCGGAGGAGCUGGAGCGCUACGCGGCGGUGUUCGCGGGCGCCGCGCAGGGGGGCGCAGUGGUCGGCCCUGACAGGGGCCGCGAGGUGUUCGAGCAGUCCCAGCUGCCGACUCCAGAGCUGGCGCAGAUCUGGCGGAUGGCGGACGUCGACAACGACGGCGCGCUGGGGCGCGGCGAGUUCCUGUGCGCCAUGACGAUGGUGGGCAAGCGGCUCGGGGGCGCGGAGCUGCCUGUGGAGCUGCCUCCCGAGCUCGCGGAGCUCGCCCGCGAUGGCGGUCCCCUCGGAGUGGCGGCCCCAGGAGCGCCGCUCGCUCUGCCUGCUUCCGCUACGCCCUUGGCGCCGAAGCCCUCCUCUUGGCAGGUGGCCGAUGCGGAGCUGGAAAGGUACCGGGCGCAGUUCAGCAGCCUGGAUGACGCGAGCGCAGGUUGGCUCCCACCCGAGGCGGUCGUCCCUGUGCUGCAGCAGACCGGCGUCCCCGACGACGACCUGUCCUACCUGUGGGACCUCCUGAACCAGGCGGACCCAGGCAGAGUGACGCCCGGAGAGUUCGUCUGCAUCAUGGUGCUGGUGGACCGCGUGCGCGGGGGCGAGCCGCACCCCAUGCGCCUCCCCGGCGAGCUCGCGGCGCUCCUGGGGCACCCGGCGGGGACGCCGCAGUCCGUCCGGGCGCCCAGCCGGGGGCCCAGCCGCGAUGCCCUCCAGGGCCACAGCCCGCAUUUUGGCACGGCCGCUGCGGGCGCCGAGGGCGACGCAGGCCUGGCGCCAGCCGCAGGCGUGGUUGCGAUGGCGGACGAGGCCCAGGCCCCGGUCGAAGCUCGGCCUGCGGACCCGUCGCCUGCCGCGGGCUCGGUGACCGGGCAGCUGCCCAUGCGGCCCAGCCGGGAGGAGGUGGAGAGCUACGUGGCCCUCUUCCGCUCCCGCGACGUGUCUGGCUCCGGGUUCAUGGACCCGGGCCAGGCCAGGGAGCUGCUCGAGCGCUCGGGGCUGCCGGUGCCCGAGCUUCAGAGGAUCUGGCACAUGGCCGACGCCGACGGCGACGGAAGAUUGUCGGAGCCAGAGUUCGUGUACGCAGUGGUGCUGGCAAGGCGACGGCAGCAGGGGGCCCCGCUGCCCCCGGCCCUGCCCCCCGAGCUCGCCGCGGCCGUCGCCGGCGCCGCCCCGUCCCCGUGAGGGGCGCCGCGCGCGCCGCGCCGCGCGCUCCGCCCGGCCCCCCUGCCCGG